GUUGCUUCGAAUAUGCUAUUUGCAUAUGUUUCUAUAAUCCUUGGACAAUUUGCUAAUUGUGAAUAUGUCCGUGUGUUUUGCGGUUGUUAUGUCGUGGCGUUGGCGGUUGUGUUAAUGAGUUCAUAAGGAGAACCCAAAUCCUGUAAUUUGAGUGUCAUAAUGAGCAGCCAUCAUCACCUUGGUCCGAAUGCUCCUACUGGCGAAAUAGAACACAUUAACUAUUUAUCGGAACAUAUUGGAGCCUUGUAUUUGAAUGAUGAAUACAGUGAUGUGAUUCUUACAGUGGAUGGGCAACGUUUUCAUGCCCACAAAGUUAUAUUGGCAGCUCGAAGUGAAUACUUCAGGGCUUUGCUGUUUGGAGGCAUGAGAGAAUCACAUCAGUCAGAAAUUGAAUUAAAAGGAACAUCAUUAGGAGCCUUCAAAGGAUUGCUGAAAUAUAUCUAUACUGGGCAUAUGUCACUUAGCAAUCAAAAGGAGGAUGUGAUCUUGGAUAUCUUAGGACUGUCACAUCAGUAUGGAUUUGUGGAUUUGGAAGCUUCCAUCUCAGAUUACUUGCGAGAAAUACUUCAGAUUCGCAAUGUAUGCAUAAUUUUUGAUGCUGCUCGAGUGUAUCAACUUCAGUUCCUUACUCGAGUCUGCUCUUCCUUCAUGGAUCAACAUGCAUUGGAAAUCAUUCAUCAUGAGACUUUCUUACAACUGUCUGCUGGUGCCAUUAAAGAGUUAAUCCUCCGUGAUUCUUUCUAUGCGCCUGAGGUAGAAAUUUUUCGGGCAGUCUGUGAAUGGGUGCAGGCCAACCCAGAUGAGGACGCCAAUGACAUUUUGAGUGUAGUUCGGCUUCCACUUAUGUCAUUAUCAGAGUUGCUUGGAGUUGUGAGGCCAGCUGGCUUGGUUAGUCCUGACACAAUACUAGAUGCUAUUCAAGCAAGGACCCAGGCAAAGGAUUCAGAGCUUAACUACAGAGGAUGUCUCAUGCCAGAUGAGAACAUGGCACAUCCAAAGCAUGGCUCACAUGUGUUGCAAGGUGAGAUGCGGUCAGCUCUGUUAGAUGGAGACAGCCAUAACUACGACAUGGAGCGAGGCUACACCAGGCAUGCUAUCAAUGAGUCUGGAGACCAUGGCAUUUUGAUCAAGUUAGGAACCCAGGCCAUUAUUAAUCACAUAAAAAUGUUGCUUUGGGACAGAGAUUUCAGGUCAUACUCAUACUACAUUGAAGUGUCAGUGGAUCAAAAGGAUUGGGUUCGUGUAAUUGAGCAUACUCGGUUCUUUUGUCGCUCGUGGCAGUACUUGUAUUUUGAACCUCGUGUCGUCCGAUACAUUCACAUUGUUGGCACAAAUAAUACUGUGAACAAAGUGUUUCAUGUUGUCUCCUUUGAAGCCAUGUUUACACAGAACAGUAUUGAACUUCAGAAUGGUCUUAUUGUACCGAAAGAAAACGUGGCCACCAUCGCUAAGAGCGCAUCUGUGAUUGAAGGUGUCAGCCGCAGUCGAAAUGCAUUACUGAAUGGAGACACCAAAAACUAUGAUUGGGAUUCAGGAUAUACAUGCCAUCAGCUGGGCAGUGGAGCCAUUUUAGUCCAGCUGGGGCAGCCAUAUAUGAUUGGUUCUGUAAGGUUCCUGUUGUGGGAUUGCGAUGACCGCAGUUACAGCUACUUCGUACAAGUGUCCGUCGAUAUGUGGGACUGGGAACUGGUGGCAGAUAAAACUCAUGAAAACUGUCGAUCCUGGCAGGCACUGAAGUUUGAACCAAGACCUGUUGUCUUUAUUCGCAUUGUGGGGACACACAACACAGCAAAUGAGGUUUUCCACUGCGUUCACUUUGAGUGCCCUGCAAUGUCAGAAGACUCAAGUGUAAUAGUGGCUGAAUCCGCUCAUGAUGCUUCCAGUGAUGCAUCACGCUCUAAAACAGUCAUCCUGUCGAAUUCUGCAGCCAUUAGUAACACUGCAGAAAUAAGAGGCAAUGAUAAGACAGCAGAGGAUGAAGAUGUUGCAGUCCAUGAUCAUCAGUAUCAUUCAACACUUCAAGAAGAGGAUAAAUCUGAGGAUGCUGCUAUUCCUGAUCCCUGAUUACUGGGAAAAAUGAUAACAACCACCUUGUCUGUGAUCACUCUUCCCAUAUUGUCAAGUGAAGAGUCAUGGACAUUCCUGUGUCCUUUUAGGUUGUGUUUCCAUCAACAGCUGGUUCAGUAAGUACACUCUUUCUCUAAUAUAAUUUUCAUUUGUUUUACAAACUCCAAGAACCACUGUUAGGAUAUAAUUUAAUGUUUAUAAGUAAAGUGGGUUAUUAAAUAUUUUUAUGGUGCAUAACAUAUUUUAUUAGCUCAUAAUUUUGGUUACCAGAACACAUUCACAUACAGAAUUAAGUUAAUAAUAGAGAAAUUUAUAGUAAAAUGUUGCUGAAACUAUAAAAUUAUCUAAAAUAUUGUCACAUGUUUAUGGCUCCAUGACUAAUAAUAACAGGUUCUGGAUUGGAUGAUUGGAUUUGUUGAUACCUCUCUUAAUCACAAUCAGUUGCAAGAACUCAUGGUCACUCUCCAGCAGAACCCUUCUUCCUUGAUCACCGAGGCCUCACUCCAUUCUUGUUCUCGUUCUAUGACUUACUGCUCUGAGUCUGAGCCUUAUAUUACAACCAAUGGUCAGUCGGCCACCGUGUUUUGGAAUAAAGUACCCCUUUGGGGCUUAUGGCCAGAUUUUUAUUACUGUCAGACAGUUGCGUGUUUGUUGAUGUGGGGCACCCUCUCUGACAAGAGGACAGGUUUGUCAUUUACCACAUUUACCAUUUACCACUGGCCCUUGCCAGCACAGUCAUUCUCGGGUCCGGGUCCUUUUGGACUUGUGAUCAUAUUCUACUGUCUCAGAGUUGACACUUCCCUUUUCAUUGCCUCCUACAACUUGCAGGGUUAUGGUGGAGGUAUUUGACCGACAGGAAACUGACUGCUCACUUGGAAUUCUGCAUUAUAUAGCCUCAGGGGUGGACCCCAUGGAGAACACCAUCUCCAAACAGUUUGUAGAUGUGUUUACCAAUCUGUUUUCUAGAGAUGGAUGUCCUGUCAUUUCACAGUACAUCUUUGAAGGAACGUUUUUACUGAGCCGUUGCCUAGUAAUGGAUAUAUGCGAACCAAAAGAAAAAUACUCUUCUGUUGUCAAGAA